UGCGUUGCAGGCAGCACCCUGAACAAACCAGAAAAACAGCCCUCCUCUGUUCUGGAGCCCAAGGCAGCAGGGUCCCACCCGCCACUACCUUUCUGGGGUCAGGUCAACUGUCCAAGGCCAGAGAGCCUCCUCUCGCUGGCUUCGCCCUACCCCUCCAGGCCAGCCACCACAGGUGCCUGGGUCUUGCCUCUCGGCAGAGCGUCUGUCCUUUGCGCUGCCAUGGAAGAGGGCAGAGCCCCAUCGCCCCGGGAAGAGCUGGAGCUCUCGACGCUGGAGCUGGAGAGGGAGCAGGAAGAACAGACGCCUCUCAGCGUCCAGAUUCAGCCUUCCUCGGCCGAGAGCCCUAGCCCAACCCAGACAGACAAGGAAAGUCCCUGGAGUCCCUGUCACAAGACGGUGUUUGGACGAUGUAAACUGUGGAUGGUCAUUGUCACCAUUUUCCUGUGUUUCAUCGUAGUGAUCACUAUAAGCUUAUGCCUUAUAGGAGUAACUUACAUCGAUGAAGAUGAGAAUGAAAUACCUGAGUUAUCGUCAAACAAAACCUUCUUCGUCAUGCUCAAGAUUCCAGAGGAGUGUGCUAAUGAAGAGGACUUGCCUCACUUGCUCACUGAAAGGCUCACCGACGUGUAUACACAGUCACCAUCGCUGAGUCGUUAUUUCACCUCUGCUGACAUCGUGGACUUCAGCGUUGAAAACGCCACAGUAACCUACCACUUGCAGUUCGGAGUUCCAGCUGAGGAUGAUGGCUUCAUGGAGUUCAUGAUGAGUGAAGAGCUGGUGCUUGGCAUUGUGCGACAGAAUUUCCACGAUAAGAAUCUGUCUAGUUGUGAGAGUCUCGGGCUGGACCCAGAAUCACUCUUGCUCUAUGAAUGAAGUGGUGGAGGUUGGUCUGUGUCAGAAAGCAAUGCUCUGCAGUUUCAGAAGGAAGAGAAUUCAAAAACCUAUCUUGUAGUGACCAGCAGGAGAAGACAGUCCAUCUCGUAGUGACCGGCAGGAGGAGACAGUCCAUCUCGUAGUGACACGCAGGAGGAGACAGUCCAUCUUGUAGUGACCGGCAGGAGGACACAGUCCUCCCACUCAUGCUGCACAGAUAGGGAGCCUGGCUCCAUUUGCUGAAUUCAUGAGAGCUGUCCCAGCUGGAUUCAGGAGCUAGAUGAGGUCUGGGGCGAACCAAAGAUCCACAACCCAAGCUUCCUGCUGCCUUUGAAGCACUGGCUGCCUCUGCUCGAGCAUGGAUGCCUUUCAUGUAGUACAAGCAGAGUACCUGGCCAUUAACCUGUGUUGAUGGGGCAAGGUGAAAGCAAGUAGUCAGGGGAUAGGGAACCGAGUCAAUUGUUCAUUCAAGUUUUCUCUCCACUCACAACUAUAUUUGAUAGACCUCUAAGCAAAGGAUGGGAGGAACAGGAAGGACCAUAAGGACCAUAACUCUUUGUCUACCUCCACCACCUAUACCUAGGUGUCUGAACAACUGAGCUCAGCCAUAUCACUGUGUUACUUAUAGAAAUAAGUUCGAUGCAUCUUGUUUCUCAUCUCUUCAUUGUUCCUGAGAUGCCUCAGUAUCUUUUUUUUUUUUUGAAAACAUAAGUCUGUGAGUUUUGAACAUGCUGCCAUCUUUUAAGGUUGCCAGCCAUCCAGGUUUUUAUUAUUAUCAUUGCUGUUUUAUGUAAAACUCAUCAAAGGAUCAUCAGGACUGCUUAAUUUCUGCUACUGAUACUGCAUACUGGCUUUGCAUUGGCUGGUGUUACCAGCCUUUCUGUAGGACACAGUUUCUUGACUUGUUACUUGUGUGUCUUACUGCAGAUGAUUGCUAAGCAGUCCUUUUGAAAUUGUCAAAAGAGGCAUGCCUGUCCUUUGGAAGGCCACAAGGAAGUUAGUGACUGUAUCAGUCACCUGCAGAUAGAGAAUGCCUGUCAUGAGGGAAUAGAAUAUUUGUUUUGUUGGGGGAAAUUGUCUUUCUGGAAAUUCUGGGGGAGCGAGUUUCAUUGUGGAAUGAGAAAUUUCCCAGCCUGAUACCUCAGAUAGAUUAGCCAUGGAUGCAGGUCACUGGAAGACAGCUAUGUAUGUGUCUGCAUCAAAUGUAGGGCUCUGAACAAUGUGAAUUUGCUUUCUUAUUUAUCUACUAUAUGUUAUAGUAAUAAUAAUUUCUAUAUAGUAAUUUAUUGUUUCAUUUUCAGUAUAGUUCCUUAAACUACUGAAACGGAUGGAUUUUUCUUCUUCCCCUUUAUUUUUUACGUCAAAUGUGAACCUCUCUGUGCCUGUACUUUUUGGAAAGUAAUGAGGAAUUUUAAUAUAUAAUGCCUUAGGAGCAUUUACAAU